UUUGAAGGUAUCUGUCAGUCAUUGGCUUUGUCAUCAACAUGGACACAUUGUUGAUGAUGAUUCCUGACCUGCUCCAAGUUCAGCGUUAUGUCUGCACAUACCGCUACAGUCAGGAUCACUUGGAGCUUUUGUUCAAUUCUGUCAGGGCAUCAGGAGGCUGGAAUAACAAUCCAACUGCAGGGCAGUUCCAAGGCAUUUUCCGUCGUCUGAUGGUACGUUGUUGUGUCUCACCAAGUGGGUCAGGCAACGUGGCAGCACAAGAUGAAACUGUGUCCCUAUCAGCUGCAGACAUUCACUCUGUUUUAAUGGCAGAGGAAGAGCUUCUGUCCCCAUUUGCAAACAUUCCUGCAGUCAUAUGUGACCACAGUUACCUGCCCACCCGCUUUGGUGGUCUUGUGGACAAUGCCCUUGUCUACAUUUCAGGGUUUGUUGUCAGAAAAAUUCUGAAAAAACUGUCCUGUGAGGUGUGCCGUGCAAGCCUCGUCACAGCUGCUGUACCCUCAUCUUCUGACCAGAGCUACCACCUGCUUGAACUUAAAAACAAUGGUGGGCUGAUGAUCCCCUCAGAGGGAACAGUGAAGGUGGUCAGAGCAGCAGAGCGUGUGAUUCGACAAAACUCAAAGGAACAAGGUGUCCGUGUGUCCUUCGUCAACCGUUUCGUUCGGGCGGAGAUUGGUUCAGAGGAUGUGUUCUUACUUGGGGAGCACAUUGCAGACACCCAAUUCGGAAUUGAGAACCAUCAUUUCAUGCUUGUGUCAUUUGUGGUGUCUGUAUUUCACAAAGUAAGGCUGCACCACAUUGCAAAAUUAACUACCCUGGAGUUACAGAGUGCAAGCAUACGAAAGAAGCUGUGCAAAACAGUUCUUUUUAAAGGAUUUUAGCUCCCCAGUCCCAGUUGCAAGUCUGACAGGGUAAUGUAAGAUGUUGGAAUGACCUGGAAUUAUAACGUUUACUUUUCCAGGCCUUUAAAAAAAAUUUGAGCUGGUACAGUAUAUA